AUGUUGACGCGUCUCAUUGCUGGCAAUGAACCACUUGAUCUGGAAUAUCUGAAACAACGAGUAAAAAGUGUAUUCUACCAUGCCUAUGACAAUUACAUUUACCACGCCUACCCACUUGACGAGCUCCGUCCACUUUCUUGUGAUGGACAUGAUACUUGGGGCAGCUUCUCCUUGACACUCGUCGACUCACUCGAUACGCUUGUUGUAUUGGGCAACUAUUCGGAAUUCCGGCGUGCCGUAGACCUCCUUCUCACUAGUAUCGACACGAACAAGAACGUCAAUGUUUCUGUUUUCGAGACAAAUAUUAGAGUGGUUGGGGGUCUUGUUGCGGCCCACUUACUUUCACGUAAGGCUGGACUAGAAACGGAGCCCGGUUGGCCAUGUCAUGGAAGAUUACUUAAUCUUGCUGAGCGUUUUGCGAGUAAACUUCUUCCAGCUUUCAAUACACCUACUGGGAUGCCGUACGGAACAGUUAACUUGGCUCUCGGUGGGGUUCCACCAAAGGAGACAUCUGUAGCAUGUGUGGCGACAAUUGGUACUUCGAUUUUAGAAUUUGGAGCACUUUCGAGGUUGACAGGUGAUUCUCGCUAUGAGGAAGCAGCACUGAAUGCUCUUCGUGCCUUAUGGACUCAUAGAUCUGAUUCGGGACUCGUCGGGAAUCACGUGAACGUAAGUAAUGGAGCCUGGAUUGGAAAAGAGGCGACUAUAGGUUCCGGAGUCGACUCGUUUUUCGAAUAUCUUUUGAAGGGCUCCAUUAUGCUACGUCUCCCAGAACUCGAUGCAAUGUUUCGCGAAUAUCGAGAUGCAAUAAAGAAGCAUUUAAAGUUUGGUGCUUGGCAUGUUAUGGCUACAAUGGAUGGAGGUACUAUCACGAAAGCCGUGUACCAAAGUCUGGAGUCAUUUUGGCCGGGUGUUCUGGCCAUGGCUGGAGAGAUCGAGGAGUCAAAAGAGUUGCUGAUUGCUUAUCAUUCGGUAUGGAAAAAGUAUGGAUUUCUACCCGAACUUUUUGAUGUACCGAAUUCGAGACCGGUUGGAAGACAAAGCGCGUAUCCUCUUCGCCCUGAAUUCAUUGAAUCGGUGUACCAUCUUUAUCGGGCCACAAAAGACCCAUAUUUAUUAGAAAUGGGUGUGGAUGUACUUACAUCCAUUGAAAAGGAAGCAAAAACACCAUGUGGAUUCGCGACGAUUCACGACGUCCAAACACAUACUAAAGAAAAUCGAAUGGAGUCCUUCUUCCUUUCGGAAACGGUGAAAUAUCUAUACCUCCUUUUUGACGAAGAAAAUUUUGUCCACUGUACGCCAUCAUCGGUAUCUGAUUUAAUCCAACCAGAUGAUGAAGGUGGCAAUUGCGUUGACGGCACAGGCUACAUUUUCAAUUCCGAGGCCCAUCUCCUAGAUAGUGGUCUCAUUCACUGCUGCUCUCUGCAGCGACUUCGCGAACAUGAAGUGGUGAGCAGCGAAGAAUCCCUUCCACAAGAUUUGGGUCUACAUAAGAACCUCGCCAGCCUUGUAAGCGAGAGUUCUUCAUCCUCGUCUUCACUAACUGACACCAUUCUACGUGAAAUAGACAACACUUUUGAGGAAAUUCUGUCACCGAGUGUGACGUGGCGAGGACAAAAUAACAGUAACGAGAUGGACAACUGGGUAGCAAAUUUGUGGCAAGAUUUAAGCGGACUCGUUCUACUCUCGAGCAAUACUAAAGAAGAUGCAUCUAUACCUUUGGAAUAUACACCGCCGGACAUGCAACGAAAAGCUACAAGACCCCUAAUGAGCUGCCCAACUGUACCUUUUCACGUUCGUCUUAACCCAAUGCGGGAUUUAGACUAUCGAAACCUCAAUUAA